AGGAGGAGACUGGGCUCUCACCUGCAAAGUGAGACCUUCUUCCCUGCCACGUCCAGUGACCAGCCAACAGCAGCGCCUGAGCCAUGAAGCUGGUGGUGGUCCUCAUGCUGAGCGCCCUCCCCCUUUCCUGCUAUGCCGGGUCUGGCUGCCAAAGGUUGGAGGACAUGAUUGAUAACACCAUUGAUCCUUCGGUGACCGAGGAUCAAUACAUCGAAGGUCUUGACGGGUUCAUACCGGGUGAUGACACUGAACAGUACCUCAGGGAAUUUAAGCAGUGCUUUCUCGGCCGGAGUAGCAGAACCCUGAGCACUUUCAGCGAGAUCAUGGUAAUGGCGGUAUCCUCCCACCUGCCCUUGAAGCACUGGCCAGGGACUCGCGGGCCCUCAGUUUGCUACUAACUUCUUAACAGCUAG